AUGGACCCGCAUCGGGAAACGAAUCCCGCGAAGGUGGAGUCCAAUCUCUCCCGGCUACUGUGUACAGCCAAGCAAGUGGUGGAUCACAUCUGCUGCUCGCUUAACUCCAUCCCAAACAUAUUGCGGCGUAUUUUUUGCUUCCUGGGCUCCGAGAUCAAGCAGCGGUUCCCAGAGGAGGUCAACAUGGUGCUCAGCGGAUUCUUCUUCCUUCGCUUUUUGUGUCCGGCGCUCGUGACCCCCAACUUCUACGGCAUUUGCAAGGUGUCAACGGGAGCCGAGUUUGGCGUGAAGGAGGAGGAGGAUCUCCUAGUCCCCAUCCCCGUCCCAAACACCAAGGUGCUUGGUUCCAACGGGCUCACCAAUGGAACGGAUUCCAGUUGGAUGUACAACAGCGGUAAUUCGACGCUGAACCCCAAGUACCAUGCAACAGACAAUAACGGGCUGUACCAACGGCACUACGCAACAGGGAAGCUCUUCUGCUCCAAGCCCGAGUCCGGCUGCGAUCUUCGCCGGCGGUUCGCCUAG